CCCGGGCUCUGACUGGCCGGAACGCGUCGGCGCUUUUGAUUGGCCGAGCCCAACACCAUCCCAGGGUGCUUUGUGGUAGCAGUUCCUUUCCGCUGGCCGUUCUCCUCCGGAGGUGGCCCGUAGGCAGCAGCCAUGGCGCCCAGCCGGAAUGGCAUGAUCCUGAAGCCCCACUUCCACAAGGACUGGCAGCGGCGCGUGGCCACGUGGUUCAACCAGCCGGCGCGGAAGAUCCGCAGACGCAAGGCCCGGCAAGCCAAGGCACGCCGCAUCGCCCCGCGCCCCGCGUCCGGACCCAUCCGGCCCAUCGUCAGGUGCCCCACGGUGCGGUAUCACACCAAAGUGCGAGCCGGCAGGGGCUUCAGCCUGGAGGAGCUGCGGGUGGCUGGCAUCCACAAGAAGGUGGCGCGGACCAUCGGGAUCUCCGUGGAUCCGAGACGGCGGAACAAGUCCACGGAGUCCCUGCAGGCCAACGUGCAGCGGCUGAAGGAGUACCGCUCCAAGCUGCUCCUGUUCCCACGGAGGCCGGCAGCCCCCAAGAAGGGGGACAGCUCGGCCGAGGAACUCAAGCUGGCCACGCAGCUGACAGGACCGGUCAUGCCCAUACGGAAUGUCUACAAGAAAGAGAAAGCCAGAGUCAUUACCGAGGAGGAGAAGAACUUCAAGGCAUUUGCCAGUCUUCGCAUGGCCCGUGCCCAUGCCCGGCUGUUUGGCAUCCGGGCCAAAAGGGCCAAAGAAGCUGCAGAACAGGAUGUGGAAAAGAAAAAAUAAAGCGCCGUUGGCAACUUGA